AUGACCAUGCCGAAUGAAAAUAAACGGGAAGUGCCUGAUUGGUUGCGUCAUAUUUUGAGCCGAGAUCAACAACUGACCAAGCAAUGCUUCGACCUAUUUGAUAGGAAAUAUGGAUUGGCCAACCACCGGUCAUCUUUGAAAUACCUCGAGAUUUCCUGCCAUGGCAUUCCAUGGAUUUUCGGCACCUGUGCCUUGAUCUACACGUUCCCGCAACAUAUUGAGAUAUGGAUCAAUUUGUUUUAUCUUCUCAUUCUUGACAUUGUCAUUGUAGCCGUAACCAAGGCAUACACCCGCCGUCGACGCCCAAGCUACAACCAAAAGGAUAUGUUUGCCACGGUCUCGGUCGACAAGUUUUCAUUUCCCUCUGGACAUUCCACUCGGGCCGUGGCCUUGGCCUUCUUCUUCACGAGCCUUUUCCCUCUGCCCAUGAUUUUCGCGCCCGUGAUGUUUCUGUGGUCUGGUGCAGUUUGUCUCUCUCGUGUUCUCUUGGGACGUCAUCAUGUCUUGGAUGUGAUGGGAGGGAUUGCUAUUGGCUUCGGUGCUUACGUCAUCUUAAGUUUUACUCUCAUCAGCGAGGAGGGAGCCAAAUCUUUGGGCUCCUAUCUAUUUGGGGAGGAUCCAUGGUCUAGUGGUUAAAAUAGAUCAAUCUUUCUAACACAUUAUGUGUACUCUGCAAGAGAAGACAUUCUCAAAAAAACAUGAACUUGGACAAGGACAGCUUUUAUUUCUAUGCAUAACAAAUAUCACAUCAAUGAUUGAAUUGAUUAAAGCCAAGUAACCAGUCA